ACUGGAGAAGAAAAAGCUGAUGCUCGUCUGAAUCGCUUUAGCCCCUCGAUUUAUAAAAAUAAAAGCACAUUAUUGUGUCUGGCUCUGAGGAUUUAAACCCCUGAGCCACCACUGCCUCAGUCACUCUGGCCUGCUGUAGCACGUCUUUCCCAGCUGCACAUGGUUGCCCUGCCUUCAAACAGUGGACCAUAUCAUCCUCAGUCCCAUCUGCAGCCACAGUGAUGCCACACACCUUAUAAGAGAACACGACACAAGUUUUUAAACUACCGGGUCGCAGGCAAGCUGGAGCCUAUCCCAGCUGACUACGGACGAAAGGCGGGGUUCACCGUGGACAAGUCGCCAGGUCAUCACAGGGCCGACACAGACAACCAGUCAAUUUAGAGUCACCAGUUAACCUAACCUGCAUGUCUUUGGACUGUGGGGGAAACCGGAGCACCCGGAGGAAACCCACGCGGACACGGGGAGAACAUGCAAACUCCACACAGAAAGGCCCUUGCCGGCCACGGGGCUCGAACCCGGACCUUCUUGCUGUGAGCUGUGUGAGGACAUGAAAACCGAGACAUCCACUGAUGGAGAGACCUCAGAAGCCUGUGUGAAGAAAGAGGAGAAGCUGGAGCUGAAAAUCUACAACUAUGGAGACGAUCUCGACAACCCACCUGAAGGUCUCUCCGUUAAAGUGGAAGAUCCUGACAAUAAAGACCAUCUCUACUGUGAAGUUUGCAAAUCCUUCUUCCUCAACAAAUGCGAGGUUCAUGGACCACCCCUCUUCAUCCCAGAUACUCCUGUUCCCAUGGGAGUCCCUGACCGAGCCAGACAAACUCUUCCUCCUGGGCUAGAAAUCCAGAAGUCCAGUAUUCCUGAUGCAGGCCUGGGAGUGUUUAAUAAGGGGGAGACUGUUCCAGUAGGUGCACACUUCGGACCCUGCCAGGGAGAGCUGGUGAACAGAGAAGAAGUCAGGAACAGUGGAGACUCCUCGGUUGUAUUCAGGAGCAUGCAGUGUGAAGAAUACAUUGAUGCCAAAAGAGAGACGCAUGUGAAUUGGAUGAGGUAUGUGAAUUGUGCCCGUAAUGAAGAAGAACAGAAUCUUGUGGCAUUUGAGUAUCAAGGGGGAAUUCUGUAUCGUUGCUGUCGAUCCAUUAACCCAGGACAGGAGCUCUUGGUGUGGCAUGAAGAGGAGUACACCAAAGAACUCAGUCCUGCACCAACAGGAACAACCAGACAGCAAGAAGUAAAGAACGCUCUGCUGCAAGUCUUUUCCUGCUCCACAUGCCCUCGUUCUGAUGCAUCUCAAAUUUACCUCGACAAACACAUCCAGAGAUGCCACUAUGAAGAGUAUGCGAGACUGAGAGAAUCAGGAGAAAUUAAAUAUGAGCUUCAAAUCCCCUCCAAAUGCUCCAAUCAUCAGCCAACAUCAGCUGAUACUAUCCAUUCUGAUACUUCCCAUAAUGAUACACAGAAGGAAAUUCACCACUGCUCAGAUUGUGGAAAGAGUUUUAGUCAUCAGAAUGCACUCAAGACACACCAGCGCAUUCACACAGGACAGAAGCCGUAUCACUGCUCACAGUGUGGGAAGAGUUUUACUCGUCAGUGUGAUCUCAAAGCACACCAGCGCAUUCACACAGGAGAGAAGCCGUAUCACUGCUCACAGUGUGGGAAGAGUUUUACUCAUCGGAGUAAUCUCAGAAAACACCAGCGCGUUCACACAGGAGAGAAGCCGUAUCACUGCUCACAGUGUGGGAAGAGUUUUACUCGUCAGAGUGCUCUCCAAAUACACCAGCGCAUUCACACAGGAGAGAAGCCGUAUCACUGCUCACAGUGUGGAAAGAGUUUUACUCAUCAGAGUAAUCUCCAAACACACCAGCGUAUUCACACAGGAGAGAAGCCGUAUCACUGCUCACAGUGUGGGAAGUGUUUUACUCGUCAGUGUGAUCUCCAAAUACACCAGCGGAUUCAUACAGGAGAGAAGCCGUAUCACUGCUCACAGUGUGGGAAGAGUUUUACUCAGCAGAGUGCUCUCCAAAUACACCAGCGCAUUCACACAGGAGAGAAGCCGUAUCACUGCUCACAGUGUGGGAAGAGUUUUACUUAUCAGAGUGCUCUCCAAAUACACCAGCGCAUUCACACAGGAGAGAAGCCGUAUCACUGCUCACAGUGUGGAAAGAGUUUUACUCAUCAGAAUGCUCUCCAAAUACACCAGCGUAUUCACACAGGAGAGAAGCCGUAUCACUGCUCUCAGUGUGGAAAGAGUUUUACUCAUCAGAGUGCUUUCCAAACACACAAGCGCAUUCACACAGGAGAGAAGCCGUAUCACUGCUCACAGUGUGAAAAGAGUUUUACUCGUCAGGGUGAUCUCCAACGACACCAGCGUAUUCACACAGGAGAGAAGCUGCAUCACUGAUCAUAGUGUGGAAAGA